AUGCGAAAUGGUAAUCUACAGUUCGAAUUCUUGAAUCUGACCGUCGAGUCCUGCGAGAGCCUAGGUUUGAUGCACCAGCGAGGUAGGCAAAUCCCGCUAUCCGCUACGCCCAACCCCGGAUCUACCAGCAUACAGUGCAGGCAACGGGGCCUUGAAAACUGGACCUGGUUUUCCGGGGUUAGCAUCCGGCCUUCUGAUUGGCGUUUUGAUUCGACGCCCCAGGGACUGAACCCGCGUUCUGGCAAGCUCGUGGCCGGGGCGUGCGCGGAACAAAAGAGCUAAAAGAAUCACUCCGAUGAUGAGCCGGGAAAUAGCGGGGAGCGGCCGUAUUGCAAGCGGACGUUGGCGACAUGGACCGUCUCGAGGUUCCCCAGACUGACAAGACAUUUCCAGCUGUCGGCUGACAUGCUUCCCCGCAAAGACGGGUCGCUGGUCAACUGGCUACGAGUCUGAUCCCAAUGCUGGUUUUCGAGACGUAAUUGCAGAGCUUUGUCGCGUGGCGCCCGCUGCCGAAUUCGGCAUUCUUAUUCACGAGAGGUGCGUGCUGAGAAACGAUGACUUUACGGGCGCAUGUGAAUCCAGUACCUACCUAGGUACUGGCAGUUGUCAAUUCGAAUCCCGCAUUCGAAUCCCGUGGGCUGUAGUGGGAUCAGCGGUAUUCAAACGAGCAAAAUAAGAAGCUUAUUUGCCGAAUAUACGAUUUCUCAUCAUUGAACC